UACACAUCGAGAGGACCUAAAUAUUCGAAAGAUACGAAAUAUCUUUUCACGUCCACCGACAUUUGUGCGAUUGUGAAAUCUUUUUCAGAGCGAUAAUUGGCGCAUAAAUGCGCACAAGGAGUGCAUCAAAGUGACCAAAGCGCACGAACGGCACGAAACGCGAGCGGCGAGGAUUGCGAGGAACAUGGCCGCGAUGGCUGCGGUGCAUGUUGCUUGACGCCUAAUCUGUGUCAGUGUCGAUUUGGUGUCGAUCGGUCAGGAUGAUCGUGUCCUUCGUUUCGUGACGAGCGAGGUCUGGCUUCAACUGACUGGCGUUCUCAACGACGAUGGAGUUGGGCCUGUCCAACACGUUGUUGACCGGUGAUCCACGAUUGAUCGAUCACAUAGUGGGCGAAGUCAAGUCGCAGGGCAUUUUCGAUCAAUUCCGAAAGGAAUGCAUCGCCGACGUCGAUACGAAGCCUGCGUAUCAAAAUCUGAGGACAAGGGUUGAAGGCUCAGUAAACUCUUUUCUCAGUAAGCAAGCAUGGAAGCCGGAUUUGAACAAGAAUCAGCUCCGGGAAACUUUGCGCAAGCACAUACACGACGCCCCGUAUCUGGAUGCUGGCGUGGAACGGAUAGUGGAUCAAGUGGUGAAUCCAAAGGUCUAUUCGGUCUUUAUGUCGCAGAUAGAGGACGUGGUGUACAAGUUCCUGGGUGUAGAGAGGCCAAAGGUGAAGGAGAAAAAUGGCGCUUGCGGUCUUAAGGAUUUGCUACCUAAAGAUUUGGAUCCAGUCUCACCAGAGUCCGACAAGAAUAGCCUGAAGGACGAGUCUCUCGAGUCCUUGGAUAUAAGCGACUUAAAUAAUGUCGACGGCAAGCAGGACGAGAAAGUCGACGAGCAGAGGCAAGAUGAGAUGUACAGGGAUAAGACCAGAGGCGGUUCGGAAAAUGGGCACAUUUCCUUGGAGGAGAAAAUGUCGGACGAAGCCUAUAAAGGUCUGAGUAAGAAUGAGAGUAAUUUGAACUUGAACACGUCCGCGAAAUCGGAUGACAAGCUGGACGAGGAGGAGGAUGAGGUCAGUCCAACGUUCGAGCCUAUCGACAUCAUGAACUUGAACGAAUCCAACAUUUCCAACGAUUCGCAUCUGUCGGGAAUAUCGGAGUUGACGAGCCACCGAUCUAGAAGCCCGGACUUCUCGAACGAAUUGUCGCGGGAUAACUUCGAGUACAGCAAUCAAGAUUCUCAGCUGAGCAAAGUUUCCUCGGAUUCCCGGUUGUCGAUAGUGACGGACUUCGGCUCCUCCAAUCACGCUUUGACACCGGUGCAAGAUUCGUCGAGAGACGACGCGACGAAGGACAAGUACGAGGCCAAAGGCAAUAAGGACAAUUUCAAAGCGAUCAGGGAGCUGGAUUCGUCCAAGAGCAAGCCGGCUAAAAGCAGUUUUGACUUUGUCAAAAGUAAAGACGCGCAAGAUUACAGAGACACAAAGGAGCAAGGAUACAAGGGUACUAAGAGCGUGUCCUCCAAAGAAAAUUCUCGCGAUGCCACGGACAGUAGCGUUAAAGAUAAGUACGAGCAUAAGAGCAGAGAGAAGAGCAGAGACAGCGAGUCGACCAAGUCGUCGAAGAGCACAAAGGAGAGAGCCGCUGGUAAGGAUGUGAAACAUUACAAGGACAAGAGUAACGAGAGAAAGAAAUCGAGUGGCGAGAAGUACGACAAACACAACAGUGAUAAGUACGAUAAGCACGGUAAAAGUAAACCUAAAGAUAAAAUUGAAUUAGUGAAGGAAAGUACUGACAAAACUAAAGACGUUCCGGAAAAUUCAAAGGACAAUUCUAACAAACUCAAAGAAAAGCAAGAUGAAAAGCCCAAGGAAGCGGAUAAGAGAGAUAAAGACGUCGUUAAUAAGGAAGUGAAAGAUUUGAAGGAUAUCUACAAGGAGAAAAUCAGGGAGCUGCGAGAGAAGAAGGAAUUGACGGAGAAGGAAAAGCAAUUGAACAAGGACAAAGACGUUAAACUCGUUAAGGAGACCAAAGACAAGAAGGAUCCUCUUAAGGAUAAAAAAUCGAAUAAGAAGGAGCACAGAAGCUCGUCGUCGUCGUCAUCAUCGAAAAAUCUUUCUGUGAGUUACCACGAGAGUAAAAGCAGCAAAACGUCGGAGAAGAUUGCGGACGGAAAGGAUAAACGGUCGGAUUCGAAGGAUAAAGCGAAACGAGAUGAGAAACGAUUGUCGAAGGAGAGCAAAGGUAAGAGUCAUUACAGCAGCAAGUCGGAUCUGUCGGACAAGUCUGACAAGUCAGAUUCAAAGAAGGCUUCCAGAAGUGAGAAGGAGGACAAGGGCGGUAAGGUCGACGCGAAAAGGGAUGUCAAGGCGAGCGGUGAGAAAACGACGAACGGCAAGAGGGACGCGAAGGGCAAGGACUUGCAGCAGGGCAAGAGUUCGGAUCGCGCCGAGAAAUCGGACGGUCGAAAGGAGUCGAAGUCCGACAGCCCGUCCAAGGAUAAGAAGCGUAGGGAGGACAAGAAGUCCAAAUCGAAGGACGAUCACUCGAGUUUACGGAAGAACUCGAACGAUCGGCGUUCCACCGACAGGGACGGCUCGAACGGCUCGAGUAACAAAACCUCGCCCUCCAACAGCUCGAAUUCCAACGCGACGAGCAACAAAUCGAAUACUUCGAAUUUGACGAAAGACAGUCACGUCAGCAAUUCCGGCAGCGAAACGUCGGACAGCAUUGAGGAAACGCAAGUGAGCGAUUCGAAGUUGCCGCAUCAGACAAAUUGUAAGUUGUCUCAUAAAGUCGGUUCUCAGCUGCCGACAAAUGAAAAGACGGAGACUGAUAACAGCAGCGAGGCGUACGACAGACAGGAGGAAGAAGAGAACGCGGAUCCGCGCGACAUAAAUCUACCGUUGAAGAAGAGGCUGCUGUCGGACAAAGACGGUGAAUCGUCUCCCGAUGUGAAGCUCAAGAAGCCGAAAUUCGCGAAGAACAUACACGAGGCUAAGAAACUGAUGAAAAUCAGGAAGCAAAUGGAAAAGCAGAAACUUAAGGAGGACAGGGAGAAGGAGGAUAAGAAGGUUGUACAGGAAGUAGAUCAAACGAGCCAAUCGAAUACGAGGAACGUCGAUAAUCUCGAGGGCGUGCCGGACGACGAACGUGUUCAAAUUAUAGAGAUUCCCGACGAGGAGUACGAAGAACCUUAUCCCGAGAAGCACGAGCCGCCUUUAAUGUUGGACGAGAGGUCGAUAAAUAUAAUAAUGCCGGGAACUGAGUCUUGUGCGAACGAUCUUCUAAAGGAGUUGAUAUCAAAAGCAUCGUCGGAGGAAGCACAAGUCGUACAGGAUUCCAAAACCGACGGAAAACACGAGGUGCAGCAUGCGGAAGAUAAAGAAGAUUUUAAAGAGAGACGUAAGGACGACUCUGAGGAAGACUCAAACAACAAGACACCAAAGCGUACGAUCGUUGAUGAAGAAAAGUAUCAAGGUCUACAAGCAGAGGAAACGCGUGUUUCGCAGAAGCUGGAAGAAGCCGCAGCUUCAGAAAAAUCAACAUCUCCGGGCUGUAAUGAAAACAGAAAUGUGAAACAAUCGACGGAGAAGAACGCGGAGGUGACGCGGGAUUAUAAUCAAGCGGAAGCACGGGAUGAUAACGAAGAAACGAAUAAUGGCAAUACAUUGGAAGUACCCGACGAUAAUAAAGAAUCACCGGAUGAAAAGCAUACGGAAACGUGUGGGUUAUCCAGAGCUGACGCAACAGAUACGCAAACCGUUUGUUUGGAAAAUAAAUCUUCGUCCUCUGCGAUUAGCGAGGAUAACGAAGACUGCCGUUACUUCAAGACUGACAACGAGAAAUCGGAAAGAUUCUCCAAUUUCUUGGAAUCUCUGGAACUUGUGGAGAACUCGUCUCUGGAGGACAUAAUAGAGAGUCUAGGCGGCAAGGUGGUCUCCUCGAUACCGAAGCCCAUGGCGGCACCGCCGUUGCCGAAGACGCGCAAACGUUCGUCCAGCCCCUUGUCGGACAUACUGGUGAAUAAUAACUCGGACAACAAUAACGACGGCCAUAAGCAGAAGCUGUCAGCCUCGCCCAACGAAGACGCGGUGCACACCGUGAAGAAGAGGAAGUACACCAAGAAACCGAAAUUAUCAAAUCUAUGCAAUUCCCAAGGGAUCUCGAACGGCGAGAACUUCGUCAUGCCGCUGAGCCCCGACAGCGAUGUGUCUGCGACGAGCGACAAAACGGCGUCGACUAAUGUGAUCAAGGAAGAAAAGAGCCGUAAUAGGACCAGUCAUCAACGAUACUCGAGCGAUGACUUGUAUAAACCACGUCCACUAUUUUCCAGCUCUUCUCGUCGAAGCAGACGAUCUAAUCAAGCAUAGCUAGUGCCCCAGGGAUUCAGGUUGAAUAAGAUUUGUACAAUUUCCAGACAUAUUUACUUUGUUUUAUUAUACAGUAAUAUGCAUUGUAUACCAAUACAUAAUAAUCCAUUAUUUACGUUACUAUAAUUUAACAAAAUGUUUUAUUUCUUCGUUAUUAAACAAUGAUAAUGCCCAUCUAAUUUAAUAAUUUAAUUAUUUGAAAUUCGAUUAAUACGUAUUGAACUCUGUAAUACUUUUAAACAUUUUACUUUGGGCAUUUACGUAUACCGGAAAUUUUAAGCACGAGCUUGAGUACUACUGGGAAACUACAAAUCUAAAUUACAAAUUAUGAAAACUUAUUUAUAUUUACGAAGUUUAAUAGAUACCAUUGACUAAAAUAUUUUAGUCGGCGUUUCAAUAAGAACGAGUUUAUUAAUUAGAUUUAAUUAGAAUGUAUUUCUUUGACAAAUUUAUAUUGAGACAACGAAAUGUUAUCAGUUUCAACUAACUUCUUCCAUGUAAUAUCUAGAAAGUGUUAAAGAUUAUGAUGUUGAAUAUUAUAACAAGAUUUGAUUACGUAAAUCUUGGAGAGUGCGAGUGAUAAAAAGUAAGGGACGUACUUCUCUUUUCAAGUAUAUUCUUCUGCAGACUUUGUUGGGAACGAGUGUCUCCGCUUGUACGUAUGUGUAUAUAUACAUGUAUGCAUUUAUGUACGAACAAGUGUCCAUAUAGAUAAGCAUUGAAUGCAAUUUCAAAGUUAUUGUAAGGUUUGCACAAGAAUAAUCAUUUCAUCUAUACGAUCUCAUUGAAUUUAAUAUAAUAAAAAUGUUUCAGCAAUUGAUUCUGCUAAAAUCUGUAGGAAAAACUCGAUUAUCCGAGUAAACGAUGAUCUACAUGUG